AUGCCUCAUUGUUUUGCCUAUGGCUGCACAAAUCAUAGUGGGAAACUCCCGCUUGCUGUUUCUAUGCACUCCUUUCCAAAGGAGCUGCCUUUGGCAGAAGCCUGGGUCCAUCACAGCCGCACCAAUGUGGGAAACGUACAGGAGUUUGUAAGAGACAUCCUUUUGAAAAAAACAGGGCACUUUGUGCUGUGCUCAGAACACUUUGAGGAGGAUAUGUUUGAACCAAGCAUUGAUUCACCUUGUGUUCCAUGUGAAUUGAAACCCAAAUGGACAAGACGAAGGUUAAAAGCGAAUGCUGUUCCAACUCUCUUCGCCACCGGUGCCCCCAAAUUACACAAGCAAGCAACACAUCACUUGAAAAUACAUGAGCGAAAACAGGUAAUGUUUUACAUGGCACACGUGGAAUAUCACUCAAUCACAGCCUGUUCUAUGAAAUUUCCUAAAGCAUUCUUAUAAAAGUUCAAACAUUUAUCUCUCUACCAUAUUGUUUUGUUUCCACCAAAAAAACCUUCGAUAUAUAAAGCUUAUGAAAUAUUGAAACACCAUGUGUUGCAUUUAAUCUAGUAUGACCAUUAACAUAGUGAAUUAUACCACAUGCAGUUCACAUGCUAUUGGACCAUGCUUAAGCUAUAUAAAGCACUCUAAUGGUAGCUACAAUUUGAGUGUAUUCAAUCCCUUUACUUCUGAGCACUUUUUGAUUGAAAAAAUAGCAUAAUGUUUGUUUGAAGUAAGGAUGCAAAGCUAGCAUAUAAAUAUAUCACAGCACAGCAAGUUUGUGUAUAGAUUGCAUUGCAGACAAAUUAAGACACAAAUGGAUUGGGGUAGAGACUUUAAUUGUGCUUUGUCAGAGGCAGGGACACUAAAGCGGUUAGUUGGGGCAGAGGCACACUAAUGGGGUAGGUUGAGGGCAGGGUACAAUAAUCAUGAAUACUAUAACUAACUUACAAACUCCAAAUAAGCAUAAAAAAAAUCUAAGCCUUCUGUUAUGGUCAUUAAUGAAAGUCUGUACCUAUUACCAAGGCCUUAUUGUUGGAUAAGUUUACCCAAACUCAUUUAAUUGAAAUGCUUUUCCAAAGACAUUAAAUCAAGACCAGUGUUCUCAAUUAAUGAGUGGGGUGUCACUGUCUGAAUUAAAAUUAGGGAGGAAAAAAAAAUCUAGCAGAUAUCCAGUGGGAUCCUGCUGUGGUAAUUAUACAUUUAGGUUAACUGCUUUACUGCUGUAAACAUAAUUAAAAAUCAAAACAGAUGUAAUAAUGCCAGCUCUCUAUUUUAGCAAAACACAAUGAAUUUGGGGCUUGGUUGCUAUUACACUGGCAUACAUGUUACAACAGGGAAACCAGAAUGGUGGGUGGGGCAACUUGACAUGUUGCCAAUUCUGCACAUGCUCAGAGCAAGUUCUGUAAUGCUGACUGCUGUCCCAAGCAAAUGAGUCAUCUGAAUUGUAACCAGAGAUGAUGGGACACUUGUCCCACAGUGAAUCAGUCACUCCGUAUCUGCGACAGUUGGAAGAUGUAGACAGGUGUACCAACAUAAUUUCUCUUGAUAUAUAUUACUUACUGUUUUGCUUACUUUCUCAUUAACUUGUGUCUUAUUAAUUUAAUUGUUUAAAGGAACACUAUGGGGUCAGGAACACAAACAUGUAUUCUGACCCCAUCGUGUUAAAACCACUAUCUAGCCCCACUGGCCAACCCUUGCCCCCCCCCCUCUAAAUAUAGUAAAAUGUUACUUUUGUUCAAGUCUACAGCUCCUGGCUCUACCCAUGAUCUGCCUGCUUGGCUGACAUAAUCAGCAGUGAUGUUCUGAGCCAAUGCUUUCCCAUAGGAUUGGCUGAAACUGCACAAGCCAAACACAGCACUGGCCAAUCAGCAUAUCCUCAUAGAGUUGUAUUGAAUCAAUGCAUCUAAAUGAGGAAAGUUCAGUGUCUCCAUGCAGAGAAAGGAUACACUAUUGGCAGUGCUGCACAAUAUGCAGCACUGUCCCAGGAAGCACUUCUAUCAGCCAUCUGAGGAGUGGCAAGUGGAGUUAUCCCUAGACUGUAAUGUAAACACUGCAUUUUCUGUGAAAAAAGUGUUUACAGCAAAAAGCCUGAAAAGACUGACUAUACUCCCCAGAACAGGUAAAGGUAAACUUCUAUGCCUAAAUUGUCUUUAUUGUUGGAUGGCGGUCCUUUUUUUUUUUUUUUUCUUCUUCUUUUUCACUUUACUACUGAAAAUAGUUGUAGGUCUUUAGUCUACUGUAAUUUGUAUAAUUUUUUUUUGGGUGAUAAUUUUAGUAUUUACUCUUUGUGAUGCCCCUUUUUUUUUUUUUUUGCAGCUCUUGGAUAAUCUUCUUCAGCAGCAGAAAAGGACUGAGCUAGAAUCGGAUCAGAUAAGCAGCCCCUCCACCUCCCAGGAUUCAGAAGAACAUGUGGUAUGACUAAUAAUGUGUCCCCUUUGUUUUGACAUAUAGGUGAAUGGAAUGACAUCUAACCUUGUAUUUUAUAAAAUAACCUGUCACAUUUUGCUCCCUUUAUUUAAAAAAGGAAAAAUAAUUUUGGUUUAAUUUAACUUUUUUCAUGUUGGCAGUAUGUAAUAUUUUCCAGGUCUGCACAGGUGCAAUUCUAGGACACACUGCUGAAUAAGGAGCAGUCAUCAUAGAAACUAAUAAUGAUCAUGCUGUGUGUACAGUGUUUCACUUCUUGCAUGAGCAUCAAAGCACUUCUAUAAUUAGUACAUAUUGAUAAUCAUUUCAAUGAUCUCUGUAUGUUAAAAGAUUAGUUGGCCCUGCCAGGAUUCAAACCUGUAAUCCUCCAGAGAUAGAUCGCUACAGCAUGUGAAGCAAGUCUGGGGAAAAGUGCUAAACACAGAUAAAUAUUCUAUUCAGUUUUCCGAAUUUAAAAUUUUAGAUCAAAAUAGCCAAACUUGAAGCAUAGUUGACUUGGAGAAUAUUUCCUGUUUUGGCCUUACGUUUGAAAUUCAUAUUGAUUUUAGCAAUUUUCAUUUUGGUAAAUCAUUCGGAUAUUGUUUCCAGUGUAAUAGUAUGUGUGUGUUCAUUUGAUCAGUGGUGAAAUCACUAAUUAGACUGACGGAAGUGAAGCUGUCAAUCACUAAUUAGAUUGACAGAAGUUGUUGGGAGAUGGUUGGGCCAACCUUCAAUAAUGUUUUUUUACACAGGACGAGGAUGGUAUCCGCAACUCUCCAAAGAAACCUCAGUUAUUGAGGAGGAAGCUGCUUCCUCUUAAGUCCCAGUGUGUUAAAGGAAGUUUUACUCCAGUACCGAGAGCCUUGCAGAGGAAGGUAUGUAACAUCUCUGUUUGAAAAAGAGAGGAAAAAAAAAAAAAACCUCUUUCAAAUAAAUGUGAUACUUAAUUUUUAAUAGUUUUUUGCAAGCUCUGUAAGCAAACGUCACAGCGUUGUAUUUGUUUUUUUUUCUUGGAUCCAAUUUUCUUUUUUAGUUGCGCCUGUAUUUAUACAUUUUAAACUUCUGACGUGUUUCAAAGUAUUCAUAAUAAAGAGUUAUUUAGGUUACUACAGUUAUUUGUUCCUACUUUUUAUUUUUGUUUCUUGUUCCAAUUUUCUAUAAACUGCUGGUUUAUCAUUUCAUGCCAGUAAACGUAGUCUUUUGAGGUCAGAUAUUGAUGCAUGCAACAGAACAAUGUGUCCAAACAAAAAAAAAAAUAGACAGAAGAAAUAAACUAAAUCAAUUGGUAAGUAACAUGAGAGAUGGAUCACAGUUCAUUAAAGGGACACUCCAAACACCAUAUGCAGUGUUGCUAAUUAUUUUUGUUGUGAACCUAUGUGUAUAGUCCUUUUUUUAUUUUUUUUAUUUUUUAUUUUAUUUUUUUAUUCGGCUCAUUCAGGCUGAGAGAGGGGGAAUUAGAUUUCCACAGAAUGACAUUUCAACAUAAGGCGUGAAAUAUUGGGAAUUAAAAACACUUCUCACAAAAAACAAAAUUAUUGGUCGUCAAGGACUAAAAAUAAAUGAAUAUAUGUAUAUCUAAAAUGUGCAAACAAUAUUUGAAGUAUAUUUAAUAAUACUAUUUCAUUUACAACUUAUUUAGCAUUGUACUCACAAAUGAAAGCUGUAUAUACAUGGAGAUAAGUGGUAUCACAUGUCACAGGGCCAUUUCUGCCAUAUUCUUACCAAGCACCACUUGAACCCAUGUGAGGGGUCACAAGCUAUGAUUCUGCAAGUCCUGGAGCUUCUCAUUCAUGUUCUUCAGGGCUACAAAUGCAAAGAAACUAGUCCUGUGCUCAUUACUCCUGGGUGGCAGCAAUGACUAUAGUACACAUCAGCCAAAAUACAUAUAGUAAAAACCAAAGGAAAAAAGUUACAUGCUCUCUUUCCACAUCCCUAUGUAUUUUUAAACAAAUGGAGGUUUUUAGUUACAUCCAAUGGCCAUGAGAGGGUAAGCCCACGUGCCACGUCAAGGCAGACCUCUUAGGUGGGUCCUAACGCUAACCAUUUGCCUUGCUUCCUUGAGCUUCUGGCAAAAAUAUCUCUAAUGAGACAGAAAGGGGAAUUUUUUUAUAUACAUCCCUACAUGCUUAUUAACACUUAAUAGGGAACACAUGGGAUGGACAGCAGCAUUGCAACUUAGCUGUGUGAUACAAAAGUGAAUACAAAUGCAAAGAAACUAGUCCACUUAUGUUCUUCAGGACUGUUUGGUAACCUCAAAUUUCAACAUCACAUUUUCCUUCUUGUGGUGCCAAGUCUUUAAAAUAUGCACAUGGAUUCCCAAAUGUAAUUCAGUAUGCUCACAUCACAGUAGGAUGUUGGAGUAUUUUACAGCAAUGGUUUAGGUGCCUCUUUGUAUUUGUGUAUGUACGUGUAUAAUAUCUAUUGUAAUUACUUUAGACCCCAGCAUCUCGAAACCGGAUCGCUGUAUAUAUUUCAGACGAAGAGUGGGAGAUGUUGGAAGAAUGGCAAAGAGAACUCUACAAGAACAUAAUGAAAGAGAACUAUGAAGCCUUAAUAUCGCUUGGUGAGGAUUCAUUGAUUGUUCUUAUGUGUUUUGUAAUCUGCAAAUAUCUAAACGUACUCACAUGUAGAACAAAAUAACACUUUUUUUUUUUUUUUUAUUAAAUUUAUACUGGAGAAUUAGUUACUUUACUGAUACAAUUUAAACACAGUGACUCACUGCAUUUAGUAGUGAUUGACUUUGCAGUGAUCUCCAGCACUCCCCCUUAUAGGUUAAUAUUGUUAACAAUGUAAUUGCCAUUUUUGCCUUAUUCUGUAUUUAAUCUUGGCUAAUUAAAAAAGUCAAGAUAUUGUUAAAAAUGUUUUUUAAUGCAUAUCCUUGUUGUCCUUUACCAUGAAAUUUGGUUCAUUUUAAGAAGCUCCUUUAACAUGUUUGCUUUACUCUUGUGAUUUAUUGCCUUUCCUUCCCUAUUGUUGUAAUAAUACAUCAGCUUUGGUGUUCAUGGGUAAAAUGACAUCACUUCAUAAGCAAUAAAAUGUGUUUUCUACAUUUCUGGCAAAUUUAGUGCUAUAUUUUUUAAGUUGAAUAUGUCAUUGGCAUAGAAGUAUAAGAUACAUGUGAUUGACUGUUCGUCCAUCUGCUAACUUAUAUAAUUGAUGCCUAUCCUAGUUUGCGACUGUCUUUUGAAAUUUAAUGGGCUACUUGUGGUGAAAUGUCAGCAUCCUUCUUUGCAGUUUUCGUUCAACAGACAGUGGUAGGGUAGUGGUCAUAGUAACCUGAACAUAUGUUAGUAGAUCUAGUUAAAGGGAACCAUAGGCUAGGAAUACAAACUUGUAUUCCUGCACAAAAUUGCACUUAAUUAGAUGGUUUUUCAUUUUUCAGGCUACCCAACUAUUAAUCCGAACAUCCUUCUUAAAAUCAAGCAAGAGGAGGUGAUGCGCUAUACUACUCAUUGUUCAUCUGAUGAUCUAGAACAGCCAGACAGUCCAUCUGCAGGUAAGGAGACAUACUCUUUAAAACUCUUGGCCUCAGUUGUGCAGUUGUAUUAAUUGGACUGCGUUAGUAAGGCACUUUGCUAAUCUUGCAAAUAUCACCAAGAUAAUGCAAUGUAAAUAUUCUUGAUCCCUGUCAAACAGGUGGCUAACUGUAAAAAUCUGAUUAAACCAUAUUCCAUGUGUGCUUGUCUUUUUCACAACAGCCCAGUUACUUGCAUCAACAUGACCACUUGGAUGCAUUUUUAUGUAAUAUCUUGGUGAUUUGUUACUGGACCUACUUUUUUGUUGUACGAUAGUGACAUCUAAUGGUCAUUUUAAUGUAUUCCUAGGUGAGCCUUUUGUUUAAAUCUAGCAUACACUUAUGUGAAUGUGUAGAUUUAAAUACUUUUAAAUGGAUAGAGCACUUGUAUCUCCCCAAUACCCAGGAGACACAGAAAAGGUUGGUUACAUUGGUUGUUUUUGAAGGUAAAUAAAAACUGGAUUAGUUUAGUAACAUAUGAAUUCUCUCUCUAAAGAAAAAAGCCUACCCAAGGAAUACUGAAGCAGUGAAAGGAUAACUCGUACACAAAUGGUGUCAUUGACAUGAAAAUUGAUGCUGUAGAUUAUGUUACAGAUGUUCCUGUCUUACCUGUAUGGGUAAACUGUUAAUAAGUGAUUUAACCCGAAAUCAGUAGCUCCCUAUUAGCAAAGUGGCUUGAAAAAAAUACAUCAGUUCCUGAGGCUGUUUUGUGAAUGGGGUGCUGCUUAUAGCUGAGCACGUCACCUGACACUCUCAGCCAAUAAGUGGUGCCCAUAUUGAGGCUUCCUGAUUCAAGCCUAAGACUGCCCUGAAAGGAGAUGGGCUGAGCCAUUCUGCCACUGGAUACAGCACUGUGUUUAUUAAUUUAUUUAUUUUUAAAAUGUGCUCAUUUUUAUUUUUUUUAAAUAUAUAUAUAUUUUUUUGUCAGCCAUAAGGAUCUUGCUUUUGUGUUGCCAUGCUCACUGUUUAGCAGUGUACUAUUACUGGUUUGUAUAUGGAAUCAAUAUACAUUUCCCACACUAAACACACUGGGGUGUGGGGGGGUAUCUGCAAAGGGAAUUAGAGUUCUGAAGUAGAUGCAAACCCGAUAGAAAUGAAUAAAAUCAAUGAUAAUAAUUGUUGAUUACUCCACUUUAACACCUUACUCAAUUUCUACAAUUGCAUUGAUUUCAUAUCAAAACAAAGUACUCCUACUGCCUAAUGACAUUAACUGCUAAACAGAUUGUUUGGAGAUGUACUGCUUGUGCAUGUAACAGAUAUGUAACUAGCCAUAAAGCAGAAUUUCAAGGUGUCCUUCUGGUGAAAGAGUUUGCAAAUAAAGCAUGUCUAACUUGUAAUUGGUCUUGUAGAAGUUCAAUUUACAACAGAAUAGCGAACAGCUGCUGUUGAGUGAAUGAGUUAAACUUUUUUUCCAAACACUUGUUUAUGCUUUUACUGGCAAAUCUAUGAUUGUUUUAGUUGCCAACGUUUAUGUACAUUUUUGCUGGCCAUUCCUCUUUUUUGUACCUGUGUUGACAAAUCAAGGCACAUGGUGCAACACGUUUACAUCUAUUUAACAUCUCCCUAAACUUAUACAUUUUUUAGAAUUUGUGGAUUCCGAAUUCUUAUCAAAGAUUGAGGAAAAUGAGGAACGUUAUAUAGAGAGCAGUCCAGGUUCAGAUGGAGGACAGGCCAACGGUUUCAUUGAAUCAUGUGAGUAAACAGAAACCCUUAAAAAGAAACUGUCACUUCUCUGAACGGGCCAAUCCUCAAUCUUCACUCAAGUAAACAGUGUUGUGUAAACACUAACGAAUAUUUGCUGAGAUGAGGAGUGCAGCAGAGGUCAAUAUAAAACACAUUUACUUCUGCAACACUCGGUGUGCCGUGUCCUUGCUCCUUAAUGCCCCAUGUAUGCUAAUUCUUGCUCGGGCAUUCCUUCUGUAGUGUCGUAUGCACAAUGCAUUAUUGGGGGUUUGUAUUGUAUGCGCUAGCUGUGCCAGGACAGGCAUACAAUGUAAACCAGAACAAAAGAACUGUCCAUAUCUGCAGAGCAAUUCCACUGCAUUGUUAUUUAAAGUCCAAAAACAAAAUUUAAGUGGUUAAAAUGUCAUAUUCUGAUUUUCGCAGAUAAUGUUCCUAUAAGCACCACUAUUCAGGCAGAAAACCGUGGAACGUGGAAUGGCAGUCUGAGCAUGCAAGAAACUAUUUCUGGAACACACAAUUUUUCUCAGCGUUUCAGUAAAAGUCUAAAUGGAGUUUCAGCAAAAUGGAAAACCAGCAAUAUGUCAACAAACUGCUUUGUUAGGCCCAGCGUUAAUGAAAGAAGUUUAAGUCCUGUCUCGGCAGCACAUGGAAGAGGUAGUCCGUAUAGCUGGUUCUUUUGUGAUAAAACAUUAUUACAUCAUAAGGGUAUUCCUCCGAAACAAGGCAAACCCAUGGAAUUAAGACCAUAUAAAUGUUUAGAGUGCGAUAAGAGUUUUACUGUUAAAUCAAACUUGAUAAAACACCACCGUAUUCAUACAGGGGAGAGACCGUACAAGUGUACACAUUGUUCUAAAAGCUUUAGUCGCAACUCACACCUAAUUACUCACCAGCGAACACACACAGGAGAAAGACCUUACAAGUGUAAUGAGUGCGACAAGAGCUUUAUCCAAAACUCUGUCCUGAUUCAACACCAAAGGAUCCACACUGGAGAAAGACCUUUUAAAUGCAACGAAUGCAAAAAGAGCUUUAGCCAGAAAUCCUGUCUCAUACGUCACCAGAGAACUCACACCAGAUAA